AUGGCACAUAUAUUUGUAUUAGCAAAUCGAUUUUAUUCAACAAAAUUUCAAAGUCAUCCUUCAAUAACGUUAGCAUUCACAAACGCAGGUUUAGCUGCAACUUCGGACAUAUUAGCGCAAUUAAUAACAUUACAUCGACCCCCAAAAUCUCAAAGCGAAACUUCACAUCAACCAUUUGAUUUCAUUCGUUUAGGAAGGUUUACAACUUAUGGAUUUUCAAUUGCACCGAUAAUUCAUACAUGGUUUACAUUCCUUGAUAAAAGAUUUCCUUUUAAUAAUAAUGAUAUACGACCAUCAUCAACACAAAAACGUUUGUUUAAUAAAAAGAAUUUAAUAGGGCAAAAUCAAAUGGUUUUGAAAAGGGUUCUGUUGGAUCAAAUUGGUUUUGCACCUUUUGGAUUAUUUUUAUUUUUUGGUAGUAUUGGAAUAUUGGAAGGUAAAGAUUUUAAGGGGAUUAAACAAAAAUUUGAAGAGGCCUAUCUUCCCGCUUUAAAAGCAAACUAUACGGUAUGGCCUUUAGUUCAAUUUGUCAACUUCAAAUUUUUACCAUUAAGGUAUAGAGUUCCUUUUGUUAGCUCCGUAGGUGUUUUAUGGACCGCUUAUCUUAGUUUAUUAAAUAGCACGACUACAAAUUAA